CAAAAAAAUAUAUUCAUUCAUAUUUCUCUCCUUAAUUAAUCUGUCAUUUUUUCAUGGCUUCCUACUUAGUAUUCUAUUUCCUUUUCUUAUUCUCUUAUUUUCUGCUUCUUCUCUCUGCUGCACCAGAAUGGGAUACAAAAUGUGCAAAAGAAAAAGUUUCCUGUGGAUAUCUUGGGGAAAUCUCCUUCCCUUUUACCACCGUCGAUAAACGAGAAUGUGGCUUAUACAUAAUCGGUUGCGACAAUAACAGUUCAGUGAAAACAAUCAACCUGAUAAACCAAACCUAUGAAAUUGAUAGCAUCAGUUAUAUGAACAAUUCAGCUAUCAUCUAUGGCCUAAACUCCUCUGAAUUAGAGCCAAUAAAGAAUAAGCCAAACUUCAGCAUUAACACUGUUAACUUCUAUGUAUGCAAUCAUGGCUAUGAUAAUAGCCAUGAUAACAAGUUCAAAUAUAAAAACUGUGCUGAUUAUGAUAUCUACUUUACUUCUACACCUGAUAAACCUCCUAUGUUCCCUAUUUUUCCAUUAGCUUGUUUCCCAGUUCCAUUUGAAACUUUCAAUUGUGUAGAUAUAAUUUCAUUACUCGAAAUUAAAGUUGAUUUAGAGUCUUGUGAAGGAUGUUAUCUUGAAGGAAAGUCAUGUCUACUAAACCAGGAAACUUUAAAUUUCACUUGUGGCCCAGUACUGAAACCUCCGAUUCCUAAGAGAAAUGAUCGUCAUUUGAAGAAUGCCGUAAUAGGUCUAUCUAUUGGAUUGGCAACCACGAUUGCAAUUGCGUUGUUUGUUAUUACCCUUGUCCUUUACUAUUGGAGAAUCAAAUCUUAGGUAUCAAAAUGUAAUCAAGAAAUAAUAAUCACGGUCUCUCAAGAAAUGCAAAAAAACCAGAAAGUGGAGCUUUCUACUAUGAGAAGCUCCAAGAGGCAACAAACAAUUUUGCUCAAGCAAGAGAGCUUGGAGAAGGAUGCUUUGUGUUAGGAUAUAAAAUAAUGGCUAACUAGAGUAGUUAAAUUAGCUAUGAGUUGUUGGAGAAGUUAGUUAGUUUGUUAUUUGAAUAAGUUAGGGAAUAUGUGUAGAAAUUGGAGAACAAAAAAUUAAAGAGUAUCUUAGAAUAUUUGUAAUUUUGAAUAGAGUUGUUCCAAAGAAUCAAAACGGCCAGUUAUUAAUGGAA